AAGUGACGGAGGGUGGCGGUGACGCCGUUUUCCCGCGGUUCGGGCGGCGGGCGGGGGCCGGGAGCGGGAGCCGGCGGCCCCUGGUCAGUGGCGCCGCGGCGGGCGCUGCCGCAGCCGCUCCCGCCAUGCCGCCCAAGCCCCCGCGCAGGGCGGGCGCCGCCAGGACGCAGCGCCCCAGCCCCGACGGCGGCUCCGCGCCUCCCGCCGCCCCCCGGCUCGAGGUCGGCGAAGCGGACUUCGUCGUGCUGUGUGAUGCGCUGAAGGUGUCGGAGAGCGUGAGGGAGAAAGCGUGGAAGAAGUACGAGAGCUUGUCGGCAGCGGAUGGAGCUCUGGCUUGUAACAAAAAGAAAAAGGAAACAUGGGGAGUAUGUAUCUUUAUUGUAGCAAUUGAUCUGGAUGAAGUGACAUUUACUUUCACUGAGCUUUUGAAAAGUAUAAACAUAAGUGUAUGCACAUUUUUUCAGUUUCUGAAAGAGAUGGAUGUUAACAUGGAUACUGUAAGCACUAAAGUUGAUAGCACUGUAUCAAGGCUGAAAAAGAAAUAUGAUGUAUUAUUUGCACUAUACCACAAGUUUGAAAGGACUUGUGGCCUUAUUUAUCUGGAACAACCUAGUAGUGAGAUUUCUGCUGAACUCAGUUCUGUAUUAGUCCUAAAAAAUUACUGGAUUACUUUUUUGCUGGCAAAAGGUAAAGUGUUGCAAGUGGAAGAUGACCUGGUGAUUUCUUUCCAGUUGUUGCUCUGUGUCUUAGAUUAUUUUAUCAAACUGUCACCUCCUGCUAUGCUCAAGGAACCAUACAAGUCUUCUGUGUCUGCAGGGACUGUAAAUGGCUCAGCUCGCACUCCAAGAAGAGGUCAGAGCAGGAGCUCACGUACUGCAAAGCAGCUUGAUACCGACACAAAAAUUAUCGAAAUCCUCUGUAAAGAGCAUGAUUGUAAUUUAGAUGAGGUCAAAAAUGUAUAUUUCACAAGCUUCAUUCCUUUUUUGAAUUCUGCUGGUAUUGUAGCUUCAAAUGGACUACCAGAGGUUGAAGUUAUCUUGAAGCAGUAUGACGAGCUCUAUCUCAAAAACAAAGAUAUAGACGCGAGGCUGUUUCUGAAUCACGACGAGACCCUGCAGCCUGACGUCAUGGCGUGCUCACAGUUGGAGAGGACACCACUAAAAAACAAUCCAGAUGAGGAAAUCAAUAUUAUACUUCCACAGACUCCUGUUCGAGCGGCAAUGAAUAACAUUCAGCAGUUGAUUAUGAUUUUAAACUCAGCCACUGAUAAACCAUCAGAUACUCUCAUCAUGUACUUCAAUAAUUGCACAGUGAACCCUAAGGAUAGCAUCCUGAAAAGAGUGGAAAGUUUUGACCACAUCUUCCAGAAGAAAUUUGCUGAAGCAGUUGGACAGGGAUGGGCUGAAAUUGGUUCACAGAGGUACAAGCUUGGAGUGCGUCUCUAUUACAGAGUAAUGGAGUCCAUGCUGAAGUCGGAGGAAGAGCGCCUGUCAGUGCAGAAUUUCAGCAAACUUCUGAACGAUAACAUCUUCCACACAUCUCUUCUGGCAUGUGCUGUUGAGGUUGUCAUGGCUACAUAUGGCAGAAAUGCUUCACAAAGUGACAGUACCAGCACUGAAACAGACUUGUCUUUCCCAUGGAUUCUCAAUGUAUUUGAUUUAAAAGCUUUUGACUUCUACAAGGUGAUUGAAAGCUUUAUUAGAGCAGAACCCAGCCUAACACGGGAAAUGAUAAAGCAUCUAGAACACUGUGAACAUCGAAUUAUGGAGUCUCUCGCUUGGCAAUCUGGUUCACCUCUGUUUGAUCUUAUCAAGCAGUCCAAAGAGCGGGAAGGCCAAACUGAGCAGCCUGAACCCACUUCUUCUCUCAAUACCCCUCUCCAGCACAACCACACUGCUGCAGACCUCUAUCUUUCUCCUAUGAAAUCUCCUAAGAAGAAGGCAUCUGGACCUUCUCUAAGUGCUUCUUCCACUCCAGAUGUUCAACCUGCUGUGAUCCCUCAAACACAGAAACCCCAGAAAUCUACCUCCCUCUCUCUGUUCUACAAGAAAGUCUAUCUGCUGGCCUAUCGUCGACUCCAUACCCUGUUCCUUCACCUUCUCUCCGAACAUCCUGACCUGGAGCACUUGAUCUGGACCCUCUUCCAGCACACACUGCAAAAUGAGUAUGAGCUAAUGAGAGACAGGCACCUGGACCAGAUCAUGAUGUGUUCCAUGUAUGGCAUAUGCAAAGUAAAGAAUGUAGAUCUUCGAUUUAAAAUAAUAGUUUCAGCAUACAAAGAGCUUUGCAACACAAAUCAAGAGACUUUCAAACGUGUUCUUAUCCGGGAAGAACAAUACGACUCCAUCAUAGUCUUUUACAACUUAGUGUUUAUGCAGAAGCUGAAAACAAACAUUUUGCAGUAUGCUUCCAGCAGGCCUCCCACUCUGUCACCUAUCCCACACAUGCCUCGCAGUCCUUACCAGUUUUCCAACUCUCCUCGGCGUGUCCCUGCUGGCAAUAACAUCUACAUCUCACCUCUGAAGAGCCCAUACAAAUUCUCUGAUGGGUUUCAGUCACCCACAAAGAUGACUCCAAGGUCUAGAAUCUUGGUGUCAAUUGGAGAAUCAUUCGGGACUUCUGAAAAGUUUCAAAAGAUAAACCAGAUGCUGUGCAGCAGUGAGGGCCAGCUGAAGCGCAGUGCAGACGUCGGUGCUGCUGCCCCGAAGCCACUGAAGAGGCUGCGCUUCGAUAUUGAGGGCCAGGAUGAGGCAGAUGGAAGCAAACACCUGCCCCAGGAGUCCAAGUUCCAACAAAAGCUUGCAGAAAUGACAUCUACUCGAACAAGAAUGCAAAAGCAGAAGCUAAAUGAUGGAAAUGAUACCUCAGCCAGUGAAGAAAAGUGACAUUCUUCUCAGGACCAGGGGCUGCACUGCCAGCCCUCUUAAGAUUGUUUUUGUUUUACAGCAUUCAUUAAUAGAGUUGCUUUUUUAGUUGCUUUUUAUUCCAAACUGCUAGUUGAAAGCAUUUGUACUUUUUAAAUUGUUAAAUGUUUUCCAUGAUACUUUGCCUUAUGAUGUAGCAUAUAUACAAUGUAAGCCACUGAAUUUAAUUUAUACAUUUUUUGAGGAUUUUUAAAAAGUCUUGGAAAGUGUCUGAAUUUCCUGUUGCAGCAUUACUGAUUUAAGCCAGUUCAGUCUUGUUGGAUUGAAUUUUUUAUGUCUAAAGAUGAAAUGUUAGCUAGAAUGAUUUGAAAUGCACUAAUUUUGUUUCUUAGAUUUGAUUUUUAGAUUUUCAUUACUUGCAGAUUUUGAAAAAGGUGUGCUAGUUACUGCAAAGAUUUCUGUCUCUGUUCAUAAUUAGCACAUCAAGUUCCCAUCAAAUUGAACUGGACAGCAGCUGGGGGCCUUGCAGAGGAGGGGCCCCGCCUCAGGAGUACAACCUGAAUCCAAAGUGAGUUCAUUUCCUAGCCUUACUACUGAAACCAACACUUGGCAUUUUGUACUUCUGCUUCCCCAGCUCUCAGGGCUUUCAGAGGGCAGUUACCCUGUCCCUCAGUUUGAAUUUCAUGGAGUAUGAAUCCCAUAGAGAUUCAUCCCAGAACACCACACUGCAUCUUCCCAGAAGCAGAAGCUUCUUCCCAUAUGCAGAAUAACUGAUGUGCCCUUUCUUAUCUUGGGAAAUCUCAAGUAUUAAAAGGGAAAAAAUGAACAAAACAGCAAACCUAAACCAUACCUGGUACACACAAGAUUUCAAAAUUCUAAUGAUGUGAAUUUUCUUGAUUUCUUCAAAUUUUCACCUAAUUGAAGGUGAAAAUUAGGUGAAAUUUCAAGCCAAAAUUGAAAUUUCCAAUUUUGCCAAGCCAAAAAGCCAAACAGCUUGAGAAACAGCUGGAAGCUGAGUGUGUCCAGCUGGGUUCCAGGUAAGAGCAGCCUGGUCUCUAAAUGCACAGGGCAUCUCCCUUCGGCCUUACUGCAGCAUCUGCAAAAACCUGAAUGUGGUGAAUCCACGUUGGGAAAAUACUUCUGCCUUACUUUACUGAACAGGCAGUUAACUGGGCAACUUGUGAAUGGUUGCAACUAGCAAAAAACUCAAACAAAACCAUCCAAUACUUUUUUCAUAUUUUGUAUUUGUAAGUUACUCAUUCAGAUACUGGAACUUUUCUUGCAACAACAAAGUUUUGUGGAAAGAGCCAAUUAACAAAAGCACGUGUUUUAUUUCCAGUGGAUUAAAAUAUAAGCAAAUAAAUUCUCUUGCUUUAAAAUUACCCAUUUUUAUGAAAUUUAGCUUUUGCAGCUACUUAAAUUAAGAACAGGUACAGUAGAAAAGCGUGCUAUUCAGGACAGAAACAUUUUAAACCAGUGUCUUCCAGGGAGCUUAUUUGCAGAUUGUUUAGCUGAUCCUAGAGUACUUACAGGAGGAAGUUUUUUAAAGAUCCAUCCUUGUGUUGAUUCAAAGCUAACCUUAGAACUACUAAAAAUUCUAUGAGCAGCAAAACCUCUAAAUUAAUUUUGAAAUAAUAUUGAGGGGUAUUUUAGACUCAGGAUGGCUUCAACUUUCUUACUGAAAAAUGUGCAGAACUUUCCAGAGUACCUUAUGUUUAUUUUCUCACUUUUUUCAGUUUUACAGACAGGAUAUAUGUUAACAUUGGGGUGCACUGGCUGUAAGCUCUGUUACAGCACUUCUUUGACUAGAGGGAUGAUACAGAAUCCAAUAUCUAAACAGAUUCAUUCUUUCUUUACUGGGACAAUGUAUUUUUUUUUUGUUCAGACUGAAGGCUUUACAUCAAAUGUACAAUAUUAUUUUAUACAACUAAUCAGUUUCUCGCCUUUCAAGAUAAAUAAAAUAACUUUUAAAGGA